GCGUCGCCUACUCCACGACUGCAGCAAAUCACUUAGCAACAGCAGCAGCAACAGCAGCAGCAGCAGCAAAGGAAGCAGGCCCUACAGCAGCAGCAACAUCUCCAGCAACAGCAUCAUCAGAGCCAGCAGCCGCACCGGAGUCAGCAGCAGCACCAGAGUCAGCAGCAGCAGCAGCAGCAGCAGCAGCAGCAGCAAAGCCGCAGCAGCCUGUUCUAGUAAGUGAAGCAUUUGCCCGUGCUACAGAAGAGGGACUGCCUGCACCAGACAAAGUCUUCUUCCUCGAUAUAACCCCCAAAGAAACCAAACUAAGAGACGGAUUCGGUAAGACACUGCAGCAGCAGCAACAGCAGCAGCAGCAGCAGCAGCAACAGCAGCAACAGCAGCAGCAGUAG